AUGCAAGGUCAAAUUGACCCUACCAUUGUCGGAAUCAGCACUUCUGGCAUCGUUUUUGUUUAUCGUGAUGUCCAAGAAACACUUAUUCGAGGUCUGCAGGACUCAACUCUGACGGAUAAAAUCAAGGAAAGCGCUGUGUUUUAUCAGCUGGAGAGCUCAGAGAAACGAAAAGUGCUAAUGAAGAAGCUCCAGAAUGCGUUUCCACAAUUUGUCGUGUCAGCCAAGACUGCAACACCAAGUGUGGAAUAUCUUAUCAAGGCUAUGCUUGCCAUUCCUCUACAGCCGUAA